UGUUACUGUAUAUAUAGCAGCAGUGGGCGUCUGUGACUCUGUUGUGUAUCUGUGGAGAGAAACAUGGGGGAAGCGGAGAAUGUGCCAUCGGACGAAAAACAAGCAGAAUCCGGCAUAUGUACCGCUGAUGAAUCGGUUAUAUGGAGUCAAGAAGUCGAAGUGUGUCUUUUUCACGCCAUGUUGGGUCAUAAACCUGUAGGUGUGAAUCGUCAUUUCCACAUGAUCUGUAUUCGUGAUAAAUUCAGUCAGAAUAUCGGCAGACAAGUGUCAUCCAAAGUCAUCUGGGAUCAUCUCAGCACCAUGUAUGACAUGCAGGCGCUGCACGAGUCAGAAAUCCUCCCCUUUCCAAACUCCGAGAAAAGCUUCAUGCUGCCUGAAGAGAUCAUACAAGAUGUCAAAGAAGGUAAAGUAGGAUCUGAAGAUGAUGUUAAAGAGGAAGUCAAAGAAGAGAGUGACCCUCCAGCUACCCAUGAAGAAGGUCUGGGUCCCAGUGUGGCUGGCCAGGAUUUUGCGAGGUAUGGACAGAAGAAAACGUUUCGCUCUGUUCCUCCAAAACUCCAGCUUGAGCUCAGUACAGACCAGCUCAUUACCAAAGGCCUCUGUAGACAACCUUCAGAGACCUCUGACCAUCAAUUCCUCGGUAAAGGCGUCGGAGAAAUCGGGCAGCGGGCGAGAGAAAGAGAAAGAGCGGACCGAGAAGGGGGGCUCAGGUGAGACGGGCAGCGGGUCGUCGAAAGACACAGCCGGGGAAAAGCGAAAGAGGAGCAGAGCUGUGGAGAAGGUGAUGAACUCCAACAACCCCUCCAGCCCAGGAGGCGCCAAGCGCCGCAGGACGUAGCUGCAUCCGGAAGCAAAAAAUCAUGGGACACCGAACGUUUGAAAGACCUGACUGAUCCAAAGUGUUGAGCGAGAGUUGUAGCUAAUAUUGGUCAUGAUAGAGCCAAGUGAAAAUGUGGGAUGCUCGUGUGCGUUAUCUGCAGUCCAAGGUUUCAGAGGCGUUCCUGUGCUUUCAGCGUUCUCAGCUGUUCCCGAAAUAAGACUGAGAAACUAAAAGCCUUUGGCGGUUGUGUAAGGUCAGACUAGACCAGACACGUAUGAUAAGAAAUGUAAUAAGCUUUUCACAGCUGAGUUUGGAACGAAGCGAGCUGUGGUAUGUUAUGUGUUUUUUGUUUUGUUUUUUAAAGAAUGUGUUGGUUUGUUUUUUGGGAAGACAUUUUAAGUGGUAGUUUUAUUUUCGUCACACACCCAUCUUGCAAUCACCCAGAGAAUGAACCAGUUUGUUUUGUGAUGUUUUAGGAUUUACACCGAAGACUACAUGAUCUUCUGUGUUAUUAAAUGUAUGAAACUGCAUAUGAUUCUUAUAGCCUACAUGGCCACUGUUCAGGUGCUUGGAAAGUAGUGAUGGAUAUUUGCACUGUUUCUGAGUCAUGGCGGUUUAAGAUACCUGACCGAAUGUGUGUUACACAAAAAGCAUUGUUCUGCUUUGACUUGUUAUUAUCUCUAUAUUUAAGAAUAAACAUUUAAUGUUUCUUGAUAAGAAACCAAAAGAUUCA